GACUGCCGUAGUUAGGACGCCUCUUGCGACAGUGUCGCAACGUGUGUGUUGGGUUGGAAAUUUGACCGGUUGUCCUCUGAGCUGACAGUUCAUCGCCCUUCAGCACAAAUUUCACCAUCUUUUGGUCGAAAUAGACAGUAGCAAAGUGUUAAACAAUGGCCGGGACAAUUGCACGGAAAGCUAUAGACCACCUGAAGAGCAAAGAAUUCAGGGAUUAUUUGAUGAGGUAUCAUUUCUGGGGUCCAGUUGCAAACUGGGGUCUCCCUAUAGCUGCCAUCGCAGAUAUGAAGAAGAGCCCUGAGAUCAUCAGUGGCAGGAUGACCUUUGCUCUGUGUUGCUACUCGCUGCUCUUCAUGCGUUUCGCCUACAAGGUGCAGCCACGCAACUGGCUGCUGUUUGCUUGCCAUGUGACCAACGAGUCAGCGCAGCUAAUUCAGGCAAGCCGCCUCAUCAAGUACAAGAUGGAGAAGAAGGCAUCUUAGUGUCAAAGCGAAGAAUACCCCCGAAGUGUCCCCUGUUACACCACAAUGAUCAAAGCAGCGACAUAACUCUGUGCACUUAUCAAAUCACGGACGUUGUGGCUGUUUUUGUUCUCCUCUUCCCUUUUAACCGAGGUGUUAACAUAAUUGAUCAUCCUCAUCAAAUUUGAGUCACAUUUCACCACACAAAAACAGAUUGUCCUUGAAUUAAAGGCUUGCUGCUUUGAUUCAUAUUAGUAUUUUCUGUGUUACUAGCCAUGAGUGAAUGUACUCUCAGCUGAUCCACUUUGAACGCUUCUUCACCAUUUUUCCAAUUGUAGGGUUUUUGGACAUCCUUUUUUUUUUUUUUUUUUUUUUUUUGCUCUUUCACAACGCCGUUUCACUGGAAACUAUGUUGGAAGUCUUUAGUGACUUGAGAGAGCAAACACAAGGUGAUGACCAUUAUCUAUGAAAUAAAACUGAUUGAUGUAAGUGGCGAGGCUUCCUGUAGGCUAUAAAUAGGCUACCAAAUACCAGAUUUUAGCCGUGUGUUUAUUUCUGCUGACCAAAUGUGGUGCAUGUAUCAUUCUAAAUAAUUUAUUCUCAUCUUUAUAAUCAUAUUUUCCCACACUAAUGAUCUGAUUCUGUGGGUUUGUAAAAAAAAAAAAAAAAUAAACUGGCUAAAACCAA